GAUAAUUGUACAGUAUUAACAAGUGGUGUAAAAUGGAAUAAUUGUUAUUGAAAGUAUCUUUUUAAUGCAUUAUCUAAAGUAGUAACAGCAAAGAUGCGUCUCAUCUCGCUCCCUAAACACGAAUUCGGUCAUUGGCAAGUAGUGAUGAGAGAAACGGAGCUUUUGAAACUCCGAGUCAAUUGAAUCAAAUGUUUAGCUAAAUGAAUCAGUGAUUCGAAUCGCCGCACGCUGACGAGACCUGAUGGUCAAAACAUAAACAUGACAUGACCUGAAACAUGAAAGUCUUUAGGAUCUAUAAAGAGUCCAUACACACAGAAAAACUCCUGGUGAAGCAACUGAGAUCCACAUGACGCACUAUUAUAAAGAUGGCGUUUAUUAAAGAAGAAAGUGAAGACGUGAAGAUUGAAGAAACAUUUAGUGUGAAACAAGAAGAUACUGAGGAACACUCAGAUUUGAUGCAGCUGAAAGAAGAGAGUGAAGUACUGGAUGAAAUGGAAGAGAAAGAUCAGUAUGAGAAUACUGGAAAAAAAACUUUUAGUUGCCCGAAGACCAAAAAGACUUCCUCACGAAAAAAACCUGUGAAAAAGACCGGAUCUAGAAGUCGUUACACGUGCCCUCAGUGUGGAAAGUGUUUUGAUCAACAUGGAAACCUUAAAGUCCACAUGAGAGUUCACACUGGAGAGAAGCCUUUCUCCUGCCAACAGUGUGGAAAGAGUUUCAGUCAAAAAGGAGGCCUUAAUAUCCAUUUGAGAAUUCACACUGGAGAGAGUCCUUACACAUGCAAACAGUGUGGAAAAUGUUUCACUCAAAUGGGAAGCCUUAAAGUCCACAUGAGAAUUCACACUGGAGAGAAGUCUUUCAACUGCCAACAUUGUGAAAAAAAAUUCAUUCGAAAAGGAGGCCUUAAAAGCCACAUGCGACUUCACACUGGAGAGAAGCCGUAUACUUGCACACUGUGUGAAAAUAGUUUUACACAUAAAAAAAGCCUGGAUUCCCACAUGACAAGUCACACUGGAGAGAGCUCAUACUCCUGCACAGUGUGUGAGAAGAGCUUCUCACGAAAAGAAAGUAUUAAGAAUCACAUGAAAAUUCACACUGGAGAAAAGGCAUUUGUAUGUGGUCAGUGUGGAAAGAGUUUCACACAUAAACCCACACUUGACUACCACAUGAGAAGUCACACUGGAGAGAAGCCUUUUACCUGCAAAUUUUGUGAGAAGAGCUUCUCACAAAAAGGAAAUCUUACGGCCCACAUGAGAAGUCACACAGGAGAAAAGCCGUUCAUAUGUGGUCAAUGUGGAAAAAGUUUCAGAAGUAAAGUAAACCUUAAUUUACACAUGAGGGUUCACUCGAGAGAACUGUUAAAUGUCAUUAGUGUGGAGGGAGUUUCACAAAAGGAAAAUGUAUCUGUGUGAAUUUAAAGACACUAUGUAAUUUUUCGCCCCUAGAGAUAACUUAUUCAAAACAAAGGCGUAGCUUUAUGACGCCUUGAUUUCGUAGAAUCAUGGGAGGUGUUGUCUUCACGUCUACAUCCGGUGAAAAAGAAUCCACCAUCCUAGUUUUCUGUUGAUGAAUGUAUCCAAACUGUUGCUCACCUGUCUAAUAAAACAUAUAAUAUAUUAAA